AUGUCGUACUUUCUUCCUUCUUACUUUCAGAAGCGGCUGCUUCGAUACGCCCUUCUCCGUCUCGACUUCAUCGACUCAGACGAAUUCGACCUUGACAACCUGGGGCUGAAAUGGGGCCAGCGGACUGUGGUCGAGCUCAAGAACGUCGGAAUCAAAGUCAAGAGAAUCAUCGACAUCCUUCAACUUCCUGCCUCCUUCGCCCUUACCCAUGCCUCCGCUAAGCUUUUGCGCCUUACUCUUCCAGCGGAUCUUCACAUCAGUGGCAUCGAAAUCGAAGUGGAAGGAGUGGAAAUAAUAGUGGCUGUUCGACCAGACAUCACCACUGCUGUGGCCCCGGCCGGAACAUCACGCUCAAAAGCAGGAUUUGCUCCCAGCAAGACGGACCGUGCAAACCUACCUAGGUUAGCCUCUCCACCUGUUCAUGAUCCUGGUGGGAGGCAUGGAGAAGCGGGAGGGCCACUGGAGUUGUCUCAGGUCAUUCCCACAUCAGAAGAUCUGGCCGCGUCGUUCCUGGAGGCUGAGUCGCCUGGAGAAAGAGAUGAACUACAAGCUGCACUCGAGUCACAGUCUCAGAUGCACAUGCAAGAAUCGGUGACAUCUUCUGCUUCGAGCGAGGAUGUAGGCCUCGGCAUGCCUGGAGGGCUAUCCUUACCCACCUUUGUCGCGAAUUUUCUUAAAGGUGUGGCAGACCGGUUAUCCGUCAACAUCAAGGACGUUAACGUCGUCUUGGAAAUGGAUCUCUCGGCGGGGAGCGCUGGCCCUGCAGAGAAUACAAAGUUCAUGCUUUCGGUUGGGAACAUCGCCGUGGAUGCUAUAGAGAAGGCAGAAACCCUAGAGUCCGAGCCAGAUACAAGACGGUCAAUAUCCAUCGACGAAGUCCAGCUGUUUGUUCUGUCCGAGUCCGAGACUUUCUCAGAGUUUUCUGGCUUGAGUUCGCCGAAGCUAGCCAAGUCCCGUCCUCCAAAUCCUGCUAGUGCACGCAGUGACCACAGUGAUCUCAUUCGAUCAAGCACCACCAGCCUCAGUCAGCACUCCGAUCAUCCAAGGCUCUCGCCAGCGUCGUCGAGUAACUCUGGGCUUGGUAUUGGGCUGGAAGAUGUAGCGCUCUCAGAGUCUACCAUCUUUGGCAGGCGAUCCAGAACCAUCCCAGUCCAACCCGAUUCCGUGGCUGGAUCUGAAUCUAUCGACAACAGAGCCCAUGCAGAAGAAAUUCAACACUCCGUCCGCCGAGGCAGCGAUGAAGCGUUUAGGUUCCUCGAUUCUCAGUCGGAGGACUUGGCAGAAUCGAGGACUUUCACGCACGAUGAGGCCGAGAGUAUGUAUAUGAGCGCGAUGAGUGGUCCGCUUAAUAUGCCGGGCGGACUCGCGUGGUCACGACCUAACCCAAUGCCCGAACCAGAACAGCAUAAGUACGCCGGAGAAAAUGAGGAUUUAUCAGCUCGUCUGACCCACGAACCCGAGCCACUGAGCGGGAUUCCUGAAGCCUCAAUCGGCGGACCAUCACGGUCUAUCAAUGAAACCGAAGGAUCGAGCGGCGAGAGCGUCCUUGAUAGUAGCCUGGCUUCAUGCUUUCGCUCUCGAAUUCUUCGCGUGAAUGCUGCGUAUUUCAAAGUUCCCCAACCGCACCAUGAAGAAGCUCUGUCAGAAGCUGAGCAACCAAUCCCAUCACAACGUUCCAACUAUGCUUUCCAGAUCCGCCAAAUGCAUACAGCAGGGAGAAGCUCCCCAAGCACGUUCCUCAACGAGUCUCGACUCCAGUCUUUCCAUGCCAUGGGUCAGAGCCGAAUUGUGGACCGACCAAAAGACAAACUGAGCAUCGACGUCGGGGAGAUUUCGGUGGACCUCGAUAUUGUGCUCUGUAGGGUUCUUGUGAGAGCGACACAGACCAUCUCUGACGCAAUUCCAAUCAAGACUCAGAAGCCGAAGGCCUCCACAUCAACCUCUCAAGAGAAUGUCAUUCCCGAUGUCAACAUCGAGAGCGUAAACCUCAACUUCUGCGAAUCGGUACCCAGAAAGCCACCUAGCAAAGUUGGUGUCCAGACUGUAGAGUCAAUGCUCUCCGAUGAGCAAGCUCUUUUGAAGGUGUCGUUCACUUCAAUAAGCUACGCGUCAGUCUCAGUCCCAGAGAAGAGCCAGCGACUAUCGAUCUCCAAGAUUGUCGUGAACAAUGGCCCUAGGGAAGUGCUGGCGUUUGUCGACUCCAUUAACGUUCGAGACUCGAUCGCAACCAGCUCUAUGCUCAGGCCUCAUGAUGUCCUGGUUAAUGUCUCGGGAAAUCGAUAUGAAGUCCAGGUCAAACCCGUCUACAUUGUCCUAGAUUUGUUGGUUAUCGAUGAUGUGCUCAGCAGAAGCGGUGGCUUGAGCUCUCUAUUAGACCUCGGAAACUCUAUCAUGUCAACACACACUGUAAAAGGUCCAACUCCUGCACCGGCCCCGGAAGGUUCAAAACUACGUACUGUGAGGUUUAAUGACCCUCAGAGAAGACCUAGGGCCGACAGUGAUCCCUCAUCGCCUUUGCCAAAGGUUGAUAUUCGAGUAUCGGGAGCGGUUGUCGAUUUGAUUGGGUCCGAGUCUUCCAUGCAGAUCAGGUCCUCUGCCAUCAAAACAGUCUACCGGGACAACAAUGUGAAGGUGGUGAUUGAUGGUGCUGCGGUCGAGGGUCCAUUGCUCGCCAGUUCCAGGGCUCGUGGGGACAUCUACACAAAAAUUCGCCACAUCGAGGUGCACUAUUCGAACGCUCCGGACGACGACGACCUGGAUAGACUUUUGUCCCUAAUCACGCCUUCCAGUGACAAAUACGAGGAAGAUGACGAUAUCAUGGUUGAUACCUUGUUGAGACAACGCCGUAAAGGCGGCGUCCUUCGUGUGACUGUUGGAGAACUUCAGGCCGGUGCUGCGGGUCUGCGUUGGGUGCCGCAUCUAACAAAAGUCACUGACGAGAUCUCGAAACUUUCGUCAGUCGCCAAAUAUCUGCCCGAAGAUGAUCGUCCGGGUAUCCUGACCUUCGGGCUUCUGAAAAAGCUUGAUUUCCGCUUUGACGUGGACGAGAAGUUUGGUCCUGUCACACUUCAGGCCGACCUGAUAGAGGGAGCUCAUAUCAAUGUGCCUUCCCUAGCUGCUGCUCAGAUUGCAACUUGGUCAGUGUCGAGGAGCGAUGAAGAUGUGUUGAUUGGGGAUGUAUCAUCUCAGAGCAAGACUGUCUUAGGCCCUCCUAUGUUCAUGUGUCGAUUCAUCGCGGACGAGAUGGAACCGACUGUUCGAAUGAAACUCUCAAACACCUGCAUCGAGUACAAGGUACCAACAAUCGUUGCCCUCACCUCGCUCUUCGAGCGUCUGAAAGUCGAUUACGCAGCCGCCGACAGACAGAGUGCUUCUUCACAACCCUCGAGCCCGUCAUUGUCCCAUGCUGGAGAUGCAGCCAGUUUGGCGCGAAAGAUCAGACUGUCCGUAACCUUCAGGGACUCAGCGAUCGCACUUAACCCCGACAAGAGCGCAGCCAAGGGUCUCUUCGUGUUGACAGACGCUGUCAUACGCCAUGAGAAUCAGAAGAGGGGGUCGACGGACAUCUUAGACAUCAAGAAAGCUUCCCUCCUUAUUAUUAACGAUGCUUCUACGGUAGGACUGGAAUCAGGAAAUGUAGACCACAAGCUCUAUUUCGAGGAAAAUGACCAAGUUCAGCAACUCACAAAGGCCGGGUUCGUUCCGGUAGGGUCGAUGUCUGCUGCGUCUGCCAUCAUCAAAGUGGUGGAGGAUAAAGUCACGUCAGAAACACGAGUAGACGUGGAGUUCCGCAACAACCUUCUCUUUAUCGAGACUUGCGCUGAUUCCACCCAGACCAUGAUACAGAUUUUGAGCGGCCUUGCACCUCCGUCACCACCUUCGAAGGUCGCUCAGUACCGGACCGAGGUUGUCCCGAUUCAGGAUAUGUUGGCGUCAUUUACUGGCAAUGCUUUUGUCUCCGAGCCUGGACCAAUGCUCGGCCUUCAGGCUUCAGGCAGAGCCUCGACUGCCGAGACCUCAAAAGAAAAAGCCGGGUAUGACGUAGAGGAGGAAGACGAGAACGAGCUCAUGACUGGCAUGUAUGGUGAUGCCGAUGAUGCUGACGACGAGCUUACUGCAAGCCAUGUGGAGUCAGAUCUGGGCCGCUCUACCAUGUCCGAAAGCGUGCACAUAGCUCCGGUCGGUGCCACUGGUUCCGAUAUUGGCGACGCUGGCGCGAGCGUGAUGAUGCACAGUCUGUUAGACUUUAGAGCAGACCAUUUCGUUCCCGAGUCAUCAGUUGGUGGGACUGCACAUCGCUGGAAUUCAGUUCACAACACCUAUGGUCUAGCGAGCGAUUCGAUCUUUGAGAGGUCUCCAUUGAAGCUCCGUGUUAGAGAUGUCCACAUCAUUUGGAAUCUGUUUGAUGGAUACGACUGGCAAGCCACCAGGGAUACCAUCUCGCAUGCGGUCAAGGAGAUUGAGAACAAAGCGAUGGCAAGACGCCCGCGGAGCAGCAGUCGGACGCCUGGUGCAGAAGAUGAGGAUGAGUCUGUUAUAGGGGACUUUUUGUUCAAUUCGAUCUACAUCGGCAUUCCGGCGAACAAGGAUCCCCGAGAUUUGGCGAAUGCCAUCAAUCACGAUAUCGACGAUCUGGUGAGUGAAACAGGGAGCUAUGCAACUGGAACAACGGUUACGGCAACUACGUCGCGACGCACAUCAGGCACGGCCCCUAGACAAAAGAAGCUCAGGCUCAACCGCAGCAAACAUCACAAGAUGACAUUCGAACUGGAAGGCGUCUCGGCCGAUUUUCUGGCAUUCCCUCCCAGCAGCGGCGAGGUCCAAAGUUCAAUUGACGUUCGCAUCAAGAAGAUCGAGGUCUUCGAUCACGUGCCCACAUCGACAUGGAAGAAAUUCGCCACGUACAUGCAAGACGCUGGUGAGCGUGAGCACGGGGCCAGCAUGGUGCAUCUCGAAGUUCUCAACGUGAAACCGGUCGCAGAACUAUCAGCCUCAGAAAUUGUGCUCAAAGUCAGUGUUUUGCCACUGAGACUGCAUGUUGAUCAGGAUGCAUUGGAUUUCUUGACUCGGUUCUUCGAGUUCCGCGACGACAGUGCCCCUGCGUCGAGUGGUCCCUCUAGCCCGCCGUUCUUGCAGCGUGUGGAAGUGAAUGCCGUGCAGCUCAAACUCGACUACAAACCAAAGAAGGUGGACUACGCAGGCCUGCGAUCUGGACGGACGACCGAGUUCAUGAAUUUCUUCGUCCUGGACCGAGCAGACAUGGUCCUGCGCCGAGUCAUUCUGUACGGAGUGUCUGGAUUCGACCGACUGGGUAUCAUGUUGAACAACAUCUGGACGCCGGACGUCAGGCGAAAUCAACUUCCCGGAGUUCUUGCUGGGUUGGCGCCUGUCCGACCUCUGGUUGAUGUUACGAGCGGAGUGCGAGACCUCAUCGCCGUGCCGAUUCGCGAAUAUCGCAAGGAUGGAAGGCUUGUGCGAAGCAUUCAGAAAGGUGCAUUGGCAUUCGCAAAGACGACGGCGACUGAACUGGUCAAUCUCGGAGCCAAGAUGGCGAUUGGCACGCAGCAGAUUCUUCAGAAUACGGAAGAUCUGCUCGUGACUCGCGAACAGCAGGGGGAAAUCGACGACGAGGAUGAGACGCGGAAGCAGAUUUCUCUGUAUGCCGACCAGCCAAUUGGCAUCAAGCAAGGGCUGAGGACGGCAUAUGCAAACCUGGAACGAGAUCUAUUGAUCGCUCGAGACGCAAUCGUGGCAGUCCCCGGAGAGGUCAUGGCUAGUUCUUCAGCCAAGGGCGCGGCCAAGGCGAUUCUCAAGCAGAGUCCGACGAUUAUUCUGCGACCAGCGAUUGGAGCCACGAAAGCGGUUGGGCAGACAUUGAUGGGUGCCGGCAAUAUGCUGGACAAACAGAAUUUAAGGAGGAUUGAUGAGAAAUACAAGCGGCAUUAA